AUGGUGUCCAUCAAGUUCUUCCUCGCUUCGGUCAUUCUCUUCAAUUUCGCUCUUGCCUCUCCCACGCAGGGCACUUCCAAGAACACACUUGGCAGCCUCCUCCUUCAACACCUGCCCACCUCCGAUUUCCCAUCAAUGGAGAUUACCGAACAACUCCCAGGCGAAAGCUAUAUCCACGGCCAAGUCAUCAACAAAUGUUCAUAUCCCAUAUACGUCCGUCAGGCCGUCGCCGAGUAUUCUGGCGUCAGUCAUGAGAAGUGUAAAUACUUCGGCGAGACCAAGGAUGUGAAGCUCAACCCGGGCUACACCUGGGUCACCGACUACCCUACGUACUUCGAUGGCUGCGGCGUCUCUCUCAAGAUCUCUCACAGCAUCGGCGACCUUCAGGUCUACCAGGUCGAGUACGCGGUCGAUCGCACCAACGUAAAGAUGAUGUGGUACAAUCUCUCUGCUGAAGACGGCGCGCCCUUCCAGGAUGUUGAUCGCAAGCUAUAUGUCUUUUCGGAGGCGUGCAUGGCUGUUCACUGUGCUCCAGGCCAGUGGGGCAAGGAUCCCGUACAUGGGUGCGAUUGGCCAAUACAGCCAAGUUGCCUGCAGGUUGGACAGGUCAUCGCUACACUUUGCUGA